CAUGGCGAUUUCUUUUUGACAUUUGACUACAACUGGCCGCACGUGUUUUCGAGCAAAGCUCUGUGCUAAAUUAUAGUAAAAAUCAAAAUGAAUCCAGAGAAGCUAAAGAAAUUGCAGGCACAGGUGCGCAUUGGAGGCAAGGGCACCCCCCGCCGCAAGAAGAAGAUUGUCCACUCCACCCCCGCCACCGAUGACAAGAAGCUGCAGUCAUCAUUAAAGAAGCUUUCGGUGAACACCAUUCCCGGCAUCGAGGAGGUGAACAUUAUCAAGAAUGACGGUACCGUCAUUCAUUUCAACAAUCCUAAGGCACAGGCUGCGCUGCCAACCAACACGUUCGCCAUUACCGGUCACGGCGAGAACAAGACGAUCUCGGAAAUGUUGCCCGGCAUUUUGACACAGCUUGGACCCCAGGACAUACAUCAACUGAAGAAGAUUGCCACAGAAAUAGCCAACAAGAGCGCUGCUGGUGGUGCUGGCGGUGCCGCUGGUGCGGAUGCCGGUGAUGAUGAUGUGCCUGAUCUGGUCGAGAACUUCGAGGAGGUUGCCAUUGCUGGAGCCAAGGCUGAUGAAAAAGCUGGUGAAGUUGCUGCAUCAGCCUAGACACACACAUACACAUAAACACAAAACCAUACCAACACCACGCAUACAUACAAACACACAUAAAUAGGACGAUGGCUGGGUUGGAGGGGGAGGCGACAAACAUACAUACACACACACACACAUCUAUACACACAAGAUCAAAGGGCCAAUCCUAGUUCUGGUUUUGCCUCAUUUGUUGCAUGUUACAUGUUGAUGGAUGCACGCCGUCCUUCCCCUCUCCUCCUGGGGGUCCGGUAAACACUUUUUUGGGGGUCAUGCUACAAACACACACACACUAAAAUACUAAUUACAAAAAAAAAAUAAAAAGGCAUCCAAGUGAGCGCUGAGCAGAACACAUAAAAUAUAUAAAAUAAUUAUAUUAAAAAUA